CCGUCGCCGCUCGCGCCGCCCGCGUCGCCCGCCCCGCCCGCACGCGCGUGAAUGGCAGGCGUGGCGCCCUCCGCCUCCGCGCGCCAGAUAUCCCACACGCACUUCAUCGAGCAGCUCCACCGCGCCGCCCGCGCCCGCGACGGCGAGGCGCUCCACGCCUGGGCGCUCAAGUCCGGCGCCGCGUCCCACGCGCCCGUCUCCAACUCCCUCAUCACCUUCUACGCCUCCCUCCCGCGGCCGCUCCUCGCCGCGGCCCUGGCCGUCUUCGCGGGCAUCCCCACCGCCGCCCGCGACGUCGCCUCCUGGAACUCCUUGCUCAACCCGCUCUCGCACCACCACCCGCGCGCCGCGCUCUCCAACUUCCGCUCCAUGAUGUUCUCGUCCUCGCCCGCCAUCCUCCCGUCCCCGCACUCCUUUGCUGCCGUCUUCACGGCCGCCGCCCGCGCGCGCUCCGCGUCCGCCGGAGCCGCCGCCCACGCUCUCGCUUGCAAGGUCCCCUCGGCUACCUCCAACGUGUUCGUGUCCACCGCUCUGCUCAGCAUGUACUGCAAGCUGGACCUCGUCCCCGAUGCCCGGAGAGUGUUCGACGAAAUGCCGCUGCGGAACGAGUUCUCCUGGGCCGCUAUGGUGGCGGGCUAUGCUUCCACAAAGUGCUCCGAGGAGGCCUUUGAGAUCUUCCAGUUGAUGCUUGCAGAGUGCCCGUCACAGAAAAAUGAGUUUGUGGCUACGGCAGUUCUUAGUGCGGUCAGUGUGCCGUCGGGCUUGCCGAUGGGGGUGCAGCUGCAUGGGUUGGCUGUGAAGGAUGGGUUGGUGGUGUUUGUGUCGGUUGAAAACUCGCUUGUCACGAUGUAUGCAAAGGCUGGGUGUAUGGAUGCAGCAUUACAUGUGUUUGCGUCGUCUAAGGAGAGGAACUCCAUCACUUGGUCCGCGAUGAUCACUGGCUACGCGCAGAAUGGGAAUGCAGAAAGCGCAUUUAGAAUGUUCUUGCAGAUGCUUGCUGCAGGGUUUUCACCAACUGAGUUCACUUUGGUCGGGGUGCUCAAUGCUUGUAGUGAUGUGGGAGCAUUGAUGGAAGGAAAGCAGACACAUGGUUUGAUGGUGAAGCUUGGGUUUGAGGUGCAGGUGUAUGUGAAGAGCGCACUGGUGGACAUGUAUGCCAAAUGCGGAUGUAUUACUGAUGCAAAGGAAGGUUUUGAUCAAUUUCAUGAGCUUGACAUUGUCCUUUGGACGGCUAUGGUUGCCGGGCAUGUGCAGAAUGGGGAGUAUGAGGAAGCCUUGAGGUUGUAUGCCAGGAUGGACAAGGAGGGCAUCAUUCCGACUAACUUGACUAUAACUAGUGUUCUGAAAGCAUGUGCUGGCCUUGCAGCAUUGGAGCCAGGGAAGCAAUUGCACACUCAGAUCCUGAAGUUCGGGUUUGGUUUGGGGUCUUCUGUCGGAAGUGCCUUGUCUACAAUGUAUUCAAAGUGUGGAAACCUUGACGAUGGCACGGUUGUAUUCAGAAGGAUGCCUCAUAAGGAUGUUAUUGCAUGGAACUCGAUCAUUUCUGGAUUCUCUCAAAAUGGACGUGGAAAUGAAGCACUUGACCUGUUUGAGGAGAUGAAGCUAGAGGGCACUGCUCCAGAUCAUAUAACAUUCAUUAAUGUGUUAUGUGCUUGUAGUCACAUGGGCCUAGUUGACAGAGGAUGGAUUUACUUUAGGUCAAUGACCAAAGACUAUGGUUUAACUCCUAGGCUGGAUCAUUAUGCUUGCAUGGUUGAUAUUCUUAGCAGAGCAGGGAUGCUAAAUGAAGCAAAAGAUUUCAUAGAGUCCAUUAGUAUUGACCAUGGAACAUGUUUGUGGCGUAUAUUAUUGGGAGCAUGUCGCAGUAUACGGGAUUUUGAUGUCGGGGCAUAUGCAGGUGAGCAGCUGAUGGAAUUAGGUACUGGGGACUCCUCUGCAUAUAUAUUGUUGUCAAACAUCUAUGCUGCCCAGAGAAAAUGGACUGAUGUUGAGCGGGUGAGGCAUUUGAUGAGAUCUAGGGGAGUUAGCAAAGAUCCAGGAUGCAGCUGGGUUGAGCUUAACAGCAAAAUUCAUGUGUUUGUUGUUGGGGAGCAGCAACAUCCUGAGGCGGAAAAUAUAAAUACAGAGUUGAGAAGGCUUGCUAAACACAUGAAGGACGAAGGGUACCGUCCAACAUCUAAAUUUUCAUGGGAGGAAGAACUGGAUACAUUGGGAGAAUCUCAUGAAGAAGAUCAAUUCGAGUUGAUAUCGGCAGUUUCUAGCUGACUUCUCAAAUGACAAGAACACACAUCAACUUGGUAGGAGAGAGCACUCAUCAUCUCCCAAACAGGGCAGUAAAUGCACCAGCAUGGUCACACUGUUCACGGAAGGUUUGUGAUAUACUCAGGCUGAUGUGACCGUAAAGCUACACCUGUAACUAAAGAUGGACAAAAAUUCAGUAAUGUUCAUACAGAAAAUCAUGGAUGCACACCAUCUAUUCAGUUUGUAAAAGCAAAAUCUGCGCUUGCUAAGCAGCGCUUUUUUCUUUCCAAGCAUGUGCACUGAGUACCCAUGCUGGAAAUAGAAGAUUCCUCCUCUGGGUAUUGUGUUACAACUAAGAGUGCAACCGACAUGAAUGCACUACAAACAACACGAACUCAGGAAACAUUUCAGGACAAGUGGAAUAAUGCCACUAAGAAAAAAUAUGUAUCAAAGUACUAUGCAUCCUAUAUAUCAAGGACAAGGAGAGGAGGAUGGCAGCCGAGGAUAGGAGGGCGGUGACGGAGGAGAAGAAGGCGGAGGUUGAGGAGAGGAAUGUGGUCAUGGAAGAGAGAAUCAAAAGCAUUAAACGAGAGCAAAAGUUCAUGUUCAUGGAUACAAGUGGUCUUGAUGACAAGGCGAAAGCAUACGUGGAGCUUUAUCGUGAUCAAGUGUUGCGAUGAGGUCUAUGGGAGGCUUCAUGAUGGGAGGAUUCAUGGGAGGCAUGGGAGGAGCCAUGGGCGGCAUGGGAGGAUUCAUAGGUGCCAUGGGCGCCAUGGGAGGAGGCAUGGGUGGUGCAAUGGAUGGGAAUGAAAAACAAUGGUGUCAAACUGCCAUUGAUGUCAAUGGUGGCAUUGGAGAAGAAGCAAUCAAUGGAGAGGAAGCAAGCCAUGAAGACGAUGCAAGCACAACUAAUGGCAAUGGAGGCAAUGCCAUUUGAGAGGCUAUGCAUUCAUUUUGUAUGCACUUUUGUUUUUGUUUGCGAUGCACAAUGAUUGUGGUUUGAAUUUGAAUUUGAUAUACAGAUGAUUGAACUUGAAUUUGAUAUGUUGAUUAUCAUCUUGCAAAGUUUUAAUCAUGCCGUCAUGUUUUGUUUCAA